AUGCAACCCCUCCCGACCGUGCUCCCACCACCAGCCUUGCCGGACGGCACGGUGCCUACCCGACCAAGGGAACGGCAGGCCAACCUGGAGCGUUUCCAGGCCGAGCUGGAGUUCGUCCAGUGCCUCGCGAACCCGCUGUACCUCCACGAACUGCAUGUGCAGAAGUACUUUGACGAUCCCGCGUUCAUCGAGUACCUCAAGUACCUCGAGUACUGGCGCAAGCCGGCGUAUGUGCGCUUCAUUGUCUACCCCACCUGCCUCGUCUAUCUCACGCUCCUCGCGCAACCAGAAUUCCGCAAGGCCAUGGGCGACCUGGGUUACGUCCACUUGCUCUUGCAGAAGGCAAACCGACACCACGAGACAUGGCGCGCCGAGAAAGUGCCAGAUACCACCGUCAAGGACGAGCCCGAGCCAGAGAAGGAGAAGGAGGCCGACGCAGAGGCACACUCGCCCGAUGUCUGA